AUCUGUUACUGUUCACAGUUCUCAUCUCUUGUCUCCAAUGGACACAUCAAGAGUCUAUGGUAAUGUAAAGACAUUUAGGUCUCCAGGGCAUAAGCAAGCAUCAUUCCCAUCUCUCUCCACAGAUGCUUGUCGGUGCCCACACUGGCAUCAUUUGGCUCUGAAACUUGGCUGUGCUACGCUGAUCCUUCUUCUCUUGACCCUGAUUGGACUCAGUGUCUUCGUGAGAUUCCUAGUGCAAAAACCACUAAUAGAAAAAUGCAGUAUGGCUGCUCAAGAGAAUGGGACUGAACCAACAGGGAGAUCAGCCAUACUAGAAUGCCCGAGACAUUGGCAACCACACCGGAACAAAUGCUUAAUUAUUUCUCAAAUUUCCAGACCUUGGGCAGAAGGUCUAGUUGCCUGUUCUAUGAAAGAAGCCACUUUGUUGAUCAUUGAAAAUGAAGAAGAACUGAAGUUUGUGCAGAACAUUUUAAAGGGAAGACAGCAGUUAUUUUUUAUUGGACUAAAUUAUGUACAAACGGAGAUGACCUGGAAGUGGAUAAAUGGCUCUGUUUUAAAGCCUAACAUAUUACGGAUCACUGGUUCGGAGGUAGAGAACAGCUGUGCCCUCAUCUCACACACAGAAGUGUUUUCAGAUUCCUGUUCUUCAGACAACCAUUGGAUCUGCCAAAAGACCCUGAAACAUGUCUGAAAACCUGUGUCCUGACUCCUGAUUGUGAAUCUCAUCUUGAUUACUUCAUAGUCCACGCCAGAUCUCUGCACUGAACAUUGUCUGCUGCUGGCCCACCCAGGGCAUAGUUAGUGGCACAAAGUAUGGACUCCAAAACCACUGUUACUUUUACUGGUGCUCAUCUCCACUUUAUUAUGUAAAUGUACACAGACAGAUGUGUCAUUCUAGGAGAAGAGUUUAUCAAAGGAAGCACAGGCCAGCAGGGGGCACUGGAGGCCUUGUGUGGUCCUUGCUUAUCUCUGUGUCUUAGGUCAUCUACAGACAGCUGUGGAAAACUGUCUGUAAAGUUUGGAUUUUAACCCCAUCCCUGCUGCAAGCCAUUUCACAUUUGGGCUGUAGAAUCUUGAUUAAAAGUCUUGUUGUUGACUGACAGCAGAGGCUCAGAGUUGAGGAUCUUGAGAUGGGAAGAAUUUGUAUUGAUGGACACUCACAAAUUAGUUUAUUAAUAAUAGACUAAUCCUGUGACAAUGAGCGUGACUUUAUGUAAACUGAACUCUGCCCACAGGAUACCUCUUACCCUGUGGUGAUGCACCAGCAGACUCUGGGCAGAUGCUGGUCCAUUGAUACUGAGCUUAUCAGUCUCCUGAGCUGUGUGAAAGUGAGAUGUCUUCUUCUCCAGUGUACUAUUAAAACAACAACAAGAACAGCAACAACAACAACAACAACAACAACAAGAUUUAGACAAGGACUUCUCUCUUUCCACUGUCCACAGCCAUCCCAUUCAUUUUUCUCAUGACUUCUUUCUUCCACACCUCUCUAUAAUUUAUGGCUUAUGUGCAAAUAGUAGGAAGUAUGCAGUUACAUAUUUGGUAACUGUAGUAGAAAAUAAAUGAUGUCUUUUUAAUUUUUAAAUUAUAGAAAAUAAGUAUUUCAAAAAUAAAUAUUCUGAUAAAAUAA